GAUGAAAUGAUUUCGAAGGCGUAAACCCUAAACCCCCAUUUGAUUGUUUUGAACGGAGGAGAAUUUGAAACAGAAGAAUCACAGAGAGCGAGUGAGUGAGGAAGAAGAAGAUGUCCAGAAACUUGAUCCUCCGAUCCUUCGCUCUCCGCCAUGCAAUAAGGAACGCCGUUCGCCCAUUCCUGAACCGCACCCACCUUCCUUCUUCACUUUCCAAUUCCAAAACAACCUCCCUCUUCGCCGCCACCAUCGCCUCCACUCUCCUCCCUCCCUUCCACCACUCCCGUUCCCUUUGCUCCGCCCCAGCUAAUCCCGGUGUUGUACUCGUUAAUUCAGAGGAAGAGUUCAAUAGAAUCCUCACCAAAAUUCAAGAUAACUCGUUGCACGCGAUCAUCUAUUUCACUGCAGUUUGGUGUGGACCUUGCAAGUUUAUUUCUCCUAUAGUUGGGGAGCUCAGUAAGAAGUACCCUCAUGUAACAACAUAUAAGAUUGACAUUGAUCAGGAAGCACUUCGUGGCACAUUGACAAAGUUGCAGAUUUCGUCUGUGCCAACACUACAUUUCUUUCUGAACGGGAAAAAGGCUGAUGAGCUUGUAGGCGCUGAUGUUGCAAAACUGAACCGUAUUACAGAGAAACUCUUCAAGAAGGACUGACUUUGGGAAUGGCUGACGGCCCAUGAAGUACAAAGUGAGAAAAACUGCAAGUGUGUGCUUAGACAUUCUUUAGGUGCCACUCCCGUUAAAUAGCUUGGUUUCAGUGCCAUCGUUUAAGAUUGAAGUGUUAUUUAUAUUUUAUAGUCAUCUUCUGAUUGUAUUUUUAAAUCCAUGAGAGAAGAGAGAUAAUUUGUACACUUGCUUAGAGCAUGAGAUAUUUGCAAUCAGUGAUGCUUUUUUAUAUAUGGAAAGAAUAAUGUGAAGUUGAAAAUUCUCAAAA